AUGAACUCCGCCAACGACGAUUGGGAGGAAGACUGUAGUUUUGACGACAGUAGAGCUUUGAUGAGGCGGCGGCCUCCCCAUGAUCCUGCCGCACCAGUUGAUGAUUCUAAACGGUUGACAAAUGUGCCCUGUGUUCGCUUUAUUGAUACUGGGCCCAGGCGCGGGCAGGACUCUGAAGCUACCUCAUUCAUUUCCACGCCAAGUGAUGAAAGGGUCAGCACAAUGAACACGAGUUUUGUGCCCUUUGAUAACAGGAACCCUUCGGUCGCAAACUUUUGCAUACUGGAUCGCAUUCGCCCGGAUCUCUGGCGCCCAGAGACACCAUCAGCCGUCGCGCACAUCUUCGGGGGACUUGAGAGUUACCGGAUCAAUAGAGGACUGGGAUGCAGUGAGGAGAUAUUAGAUCAGAUUAAUGAAUUUGUGGUGGGUAUGCUUGAGAUGUUUGAGCCUGAGUGUCCAACUCCCGAGCUCUUAUACCGCAAUAUCGUUGUCUCGUAUUCCAAGGUCUUCCAGCCUAAUACAGAUAGCCACUUGGAGACAUUGAGGCAAGUUUGGAACCUAGUGCCAAUGGAGAUCAAAGUAAUGAUAUUAACUGAGCUGGUGCAGAUUGCGAACAGCACCGCAUCGGGAGCUUCGAGUCCGCAAAUUUUCUUCAAAACACUGAAAGAACUCUCUGUGUUGUAAAGACACUGAGGCAGUAUCACCUUCAACAUAGUUUAAUGAAUCUCAAACUACUUUUUAGCAAGUACUAAAUCUCGUCUUCAUUGCAGAAACGGAUAGCAUCAACGUUAACAAGCACGAAAUGCUCCUUGAGAUACGUGCAAACUUGGUUCGCAGUCUAUGAUUCCCUAUGCAAGAAGAAGUCGAACUGAUAUCCGGGGCUUACGGGUUUAGACCAAGACACGCUUAGGCUCAAAUAUCUUGCACCUAUGUUGUAGAAUGCUUGAAUGGUAGAAAUUUCUUUGGAACGAGUAACUUAUUGCAUGGAACAAAUUGAGAUUGUGUAUGUGUCUCCAUGAGCUCAAUGAGUAAUGG